GCGAGGGGAGGGCGGGCGUACGUCCUUGCGUGCGUCUCAGGCAGCGCGCACGCCGGCGUGAGAGGGCACGGGGAAAGGUGGCUCUGGCCGGGGCGACUCGGCUUCCUGUGGCUAUGUAGCUGGGCUGGUCGGCUCGGGGGUCGUCCUUCGCUGCCGUCGCCGCGUCCCCGGCGCGGAGUUCCAGGUCGAGAGAGAGAGAGAGACGGUCGUCGCGCGCGCCGCGCUCCCCCGACGGCAGACACCGCCCGCCCGCCCGCCCGUGGGAGCGUCCCGGCCGAGCAGCCCCGAGGGGGGAGGGGAGGCCAUUUUGUCCCGACCGACUCCCCGGAACCGGGCGGAGCGGCUGGGAGAGGCUGCGGAGCUGCGGUCGCCGCCCUCGGCCGCACGGGACGCCGCGCCCCCCGCGCCCGGCUCGGGGCUUCCUGGGCGAGGCCGUUCGCAGGUCGCCCGCGGCCCGCUCGCGCCCGCCGCUCGCCGGGCUCCCGGGUGCCCCCGGCCCGAGCGCGGACUUGGCCGUAGAGCGAGGAGGGCCCGAUCCCCUGGGGCCGCCGGCGGCGAGAGCCCGAGCCGCUCCUCCCAAUGGCGAAGAAGACGUACGACCUGCUUUUCAAGCUGCUCCUGAUCGGGGACUCGGGAGUGGGCAAGACCUGCGUCCUAUUCCGCUUCUCGGACGACGCCUUCAACACCACCUUCAUUUCCACCAUAGGAAUAGAUUUUAAGAUCAAAACAGUUGAAUUACAAGGAAAGAAGAUCAAGCUACAGAUAUGGGAUACGGCAGGCCAGGAGCGAUUUCACACCAUCACAACCUCCUACUACAGAGGAGCCAUGGGUAUCAUGCUAGUAUAUGACAUCACCAAUGGCAAAAGCUUUGAGAACAUCAGCAAAUGGCUUAGAAACAUAGAUGAGCACGCCAAUGAAGAUGUGGAAAGAAUGUUACUGGGAAACAAGUGUGACAUGGAUGAUAAAAGAGUUGUCCCUAAAGGAAAAGGAGAGCAGAUUGCAAGGGAGCAUGGUAUUAGGUUUUUCGAGACUAGUGCAAAAGCAAAUAUAAACAUUGAAAAGGCGUUCCUUACAUUAGCUGAAGAUAUCCUCCGAAAGACGCCUGUGAAAGAGCCCAACAGUGAAAAUGUGGACAUCAGCAGUGGGGGAGGUGCCGCAGGCUGGAAGAGCAAGUGCUGCUGAGCCCUCCUGUCCCAUCCCUUCCAUCCGUCCCCUCCGUCAGUCGCCACCCGUCAUCCUGUUUCCUCCUCUAACUACAAAAUAAACCACUCUGUCCAUUUUUAACUCAACAGAUAUUUUUGUUCCUCAUCUUAACUAUCCAGUUCACCUAUUGUAUGUGUCCUUUCAUCUGUGGCUGCUUGCUGAAUUUAUAAUUUUCCUCAAACAGAAAAAUGUAAAGAGAAAUCAUGUCUGUGACUUCAUUUUUAAGUGUUCUUGCUCAGCUCACCACUGCACUUCCGUUGUAUUAUAGUCCAGUUCUUAUCAACAUUGAACCUAGAGCAAUCAUUUCAUCUCUACUCUGCAAAUUGUAUAAGAAUAAAAAUUAGAAUUAACAAUUUUAUUUUGUACACCAGUGGAAUUUUCUGUCAUGGAUAUGGAUAAUGUGCUUGAGUCCCUAGAGUCUAUAGACAUGCUAGCAAAAGAAACAAAAGCCAGGAAAACACUCGUUUCCGCCUUGAAGAUGUAAAUGGGGUUAAUUUUGUCCUGUGCCUUACGUGGAAAGGAACUUCUUUGGUUUCCCUUUUUUGUUUUGGUGGAAGCAUGUGCGGGAGAAAUAUCAUCCGAACAUAAACCAUUAAGAUGUUUGUGAUUUGCUUGACGUUAAGUUUCAGAGUAACUAAUCGGAGGACAAAGGAUAAUGUAGAAAUAAUUCUUUUGGUUUGCUGAGUCUCGUUUUAAGUGGCCUCGAUAGUAAAACUACUCCUGCCGCCAGUCCUUCUCCUUGGCCACUUCUCCCUUGUGUCUUGUCUUCCUGCAUGCUGCUUUAUUUGCUUUCCCUGCCGCACCAUCCCAGGUGUGGGUUAUUUAAAAAUGAAAGGGGCAAACUAGUAGGUUUGUCAAGUUUAACAUAAAGCACUGAUUUAACUUGCUAAUUAAACUGAAAGAAAUUCUGAAUUGCUGACCAUCAUACAUCAGUUAAUUGUACUUUCCCCUCAUUUUUUUCUCUCCCCUGAAACUGCCCCAGGUCCCUGCGUUUGCUGUCUUAUUUCAUGUCCCCUUCUCCUUCCCUCUGUUCUCUUCCUUGUCUGUUCAUGGAGUUUAUGAAAUGGAAGAGUUAAUUGCAUGCACUAGUGUUUGGAGGGUGUUGUGGUUUGUCUAAUUAGAUAAAUAGCCUGUUCACUUUCCUAGACUAAAUCUCUUGCCCUAAAUUUGAGUAGUCUCCAUUUUGGCAACUCCUCUAGCAGCUUGGUAGCCCAGUAAAGGUGGUCAUUUUAUAAAAAGAAGGAAGGAGGAGUAAACGUUAUCAGCGUGUUUGCCAAAUGUAUUGAAAUCUGGCCUUCGAAGAACACAUUUUCAGUGUUAAGUUGUCUUUACCUUAAGAUUUAAAAAUACUUGAGAAUAUUAAUUCUAAGUCAAUUUCCCUUUGGAAAACUUGUAUUACCAUGGAUUUGGGGAAAGGACAAAAAAAAAAAACUUAUGUAAAGAUAAAAUCUCUAGCUGUCUCUAACCUUGUCCUUUUUCUCCACUUUAUGUUUCUAGAUUUGCUUCAUUGCUUCUUUAGGAUAGCGUAAGUUACGUUCACUCUGCUGCUAGCAUCCUAAGAUGAUACCUUUGUAGAAAUAAUUGUGAAUAGCAUGAUUCAUUUCUAACAGAGGCUGAGUUUAGGACAGCAGCUUCCAUUGAAAAGUCUGUGUCGUGGGUAGCAUAUCAGUGUCCUCGUGGCCGAUCACUUAAACCACACAGGAACGUAUCUGCUGUGAACAUCCACGGAUUCUUCAGAUAGUGCCCUAAAAGCGAUUUUAUAUGCCUCACUGUUGGUCUUGGGUUUUCCCCUCACUUGACUUUAUCGUUGUUUACUACUAGUAAAAGCAGCAUUGCCAAAUAAUUCCUAAUUUUCCAAUAAAUAAUAAUAAUGAAAUGAUGUUAAGCUUCUCAGAAAGUUUAGGUUAAACCUACUGUUAGAUUAAUUUUAAAUGUGUUUGUUGCUUCCCUUUAUCUGGAAUGUGGCAAUAACUUUUUUUUUAAAAAAAAAAACCCUCUUUAAUCCUUAUUCAAUUCAGUGACUUAAGGUUUGAGAGCUAAACACUGGGAUUUUUGGGUAACAGACUGACAGUUUUGUUUGCAUAAUUAUAAUUGGCAUUGUACAUAGAAAGGAUAUGGCUACCUUUUGUUAAAUCUGCACUUUCUAGAUAUCAAAAAAAAAAGGGAAAAUGGAGUAUAAAUCAAUUUUUGUAUAACCUGUUUGAAACAUGAGUUUUAUUUGCUUAAUAUUAGGGCUUUGCCCCUUUUUCUGUAAGUCUCUUGGGAUCCUCUGUAGAAGCUGUUCUCAUUAAACACCAAACAGUUAAGUCCCUUCUCUGGUACUAGCUACAAAUUCGGUUUCAUAUUCUACUUAACAAUUUAAAUAAACUGAAAUAUUUCUA